GGCAGACAGUGUACUUAUAUAAGGCGGGGUUGAUGACACGGGCUGGAGUGCUUGGGGAGUGUUCUGCGGCCAGUGUUGAAGUCUGUCCUCCCGCCGCUGCCCCUAGUGUUCCUGUGGCAGUGUUUUGUGUGUCUCGAGCUGUUGUCCGGCCAGGUUAAGGUAACGGCUUCCAGAUAUUUUGAUUCAUUGAAGACUGGCAUGAAAUAUUCACAUUAGGAAUGAGUGGCAGUAAAUCAUUCAGUGUGAACAUCAACCCUAAGGUUGCAGUGGUGGCAGCCUUGGGCACGGGCAUAGUCAUCGGUGCUGGUGUGGCAUACGUCUACACCCGCCUCCAUGAGCACACACACCUGGUGCAGCAGAUUACAAACUUGCACGUCUCCAUCUUGGAAGUGCUGAAGAAAGACUUGACUCGUGUGCAAGCAGGUCACGAGGGGCCAUGCACCUGUGGACGCUGCAUAGGCACCCGCUCCCCUCGCUUCAGGAAGACGGUCAGCUUCAGCAGCACCACCACCACUGCCAGCUACAGGACGGCACCCGAGCCUGACUCUGAUGGGCGGGGGAAUGACACGGAUUAUUUUUCUCCUGAUGAAGAUGAUGAUGAGUUCUUUGAUUUGUCAGCGGAUGAGAGUGAUGGAGCCAUUGUGUUUGGGAGCCCGGAGGACAGUGGCCAGGUGAGGCUGCGAACACCAGCCCGGGAUGAAGAGAGUGGGGACCCACUGAGUCGCCUUCUGGAACAGACAGACAGUCUGACUGAUGGGUGUCAGGAAGAACAGAGGCGAGCCUACAAUUUGCUGAAGAAUGAGGAAAAUGUGUACCACCAAAAUGCAGAGUUUCUGUGGAGACUUGCCAAAGCCACAAGGAAUAUGUCAUGUAUUGAAGAAAAGCAUGGCAACUCGGAAGGCAAGAAAGCAUAUAUAUUUGAAGCCUACGACUAUGCGGCUCAGGCCCUGGAGCUGGACGAAGAGAGUGCUGAAGUUCACAAGUGGUACGGGAUUUUGGUUGGAGCAAAGGGGGAGUUUUUGAAUGUGAAGGAGCGCAUUCUUAAUGGGACGCUGUUCAAGGUGCAUAUUGAUAAGGCACUGGAGAUCAAACCCAAAGAUUCAACCCUCCACCACCUUCUUGGGCGGUUUUGUUAUGAGGUGGCACAGCUGUCGUGGCUGGAGCGCAGGGUGGCUGCGGCACUGUUUGCAGAGGUUCCUUCCUCCACCUAUGAAGAAGCGCUGGAUCACUUCAUGGCUGCCGAGAAACUGAGACCAACUGGCUGGAAGGAAAAUCGUCUUUUCAUAGCCAAGUGCUACAUUUUAAUGAACGAGUUCUCCCUGGCCUCGGCCUGGCUGGACCAGGCAGCUUCAGCAUCCAAUGUGACUCCUGAUGAUGAGCUUAUGCAGAAAGAAAUAUUAGAACUGCAAGGCAAGUAUUCAUAGGUGUUUAGGAGGUACAAAGGGAUUAUUUUACAUUAGUUUUCAUAUUAAUGACGAAGGAACAAAGUGCCAGUAUUGUAGAGCUGGUUUUAGCUGUUUUUAUGCCGAGAAUAAUAGAAAGUAAGGUUUAUCUGUCUGUGAUGGUGGCUGAUGAUAUAUAGUUUCAGUACUCUAGCAUCAUAUCCACUUGUUUCAUCCAUAGGUCUAGAUGCUUGGGUUGGGUCAGCUUGGUAGUUAGUGAUUUUUGACCGUCCUCUUUGGUGAAUGACAUAGACGUGGCAUGCUAGUAAAUAGUAAUAAGAGACUUUUAUUCCAAUCUUCUUAGGCUAGUUUAUCAUAAGUGUAUCAUUCCCUGGAUCUGUCUCAGAGAGUCACGGCUGGAAGGCUCCCGUCAAAACUAUUUAUUUGUACUGUGCUGAGAAUAAAGUUUUUGUAUGUA